UCAGUUUAUUGAUUUUUGAGUCAUCUAAGUCAUGUACUCAAACCUCUGAUACAAAAAGCUUCUUCCCCACACUUCUUCAAUAACACACUUAAAAUAGGCUUUAACAUCUUCCAGUCUGCUAAUAUUAGUGACCAUCUCUCUAAUCUCAAUUUGUACAACCAUGUUUGAUUCCAUGUUGGAGUUGAUCACUCAGGCUGCUUCCAACUCUCUCUUCAUCUUCUGUUUCUGCAAUUUGAUCAUUGCCAUUCUUCUCGUGGUCUCGAAAUCCAGCUCCGAGCUUGGUCAACAAGGAGAAAUUCCUCUUUCGGUGGUCAUAAACACAAGCACAAAUCAUAAACAAGGAACGUACGGUAAGCAGGUCUUUGAUGAUGACAAAAUGUUGACAAAUGUUGAUGAAGUGUCAUAUUUCCGUGAAGCACCUGUUGUUGACAAGGAGGAAAGUGGCAACAUCCGUCAUAACAAGGAUGAAGAAGAGGAUGAUGAUGAUGAGCUGAGGAGAAGAGUAGAAGAAUUUAUAGAAAAGGUUAACAAAGAAUGGAAGGCAGAAUUGCUGAGGUCCUCGCGGUUAGUCUAGUGUGGCAUGGGUCUGCAAUGUAAAUUUAUAUGUUAAAUUGGGGAAUUAAAAUAUGUUGUAACUCUGAUGAGCCUGUACUAAGGAAAUUUUGAUGGUAUUGAUAAA